UCAGGUCACCCCGUAUUUCUGAGCUGCUUUGCUCAGCAUGAAAGUGGGAAGUCUCCUAUUUCUUCUUUUUGGAUGGCAAAAAUAGUUGGAGCUACAUACAAUUAUAUCACUUGUUGUGAACUGGCAGUGUGGAAGAAGCUGAAUGAAUGGAACAGUCAGGGCAGAAGGGAAGUUUGCCUUUCAUGCUCCCCGCUGGCCACAGGACACAAACAACACUGUGCCUCUGAAGAGACCUGGCAUUAUCGGAGCUGUGUGUUCUGAGGGACUCUGAGCAUCUCUGAAGCGAGGGCGCCAUGAUGGAUAACCGGUUUGCUACAGCGCUGGUGAUCGCCUGCGUGCUCAGCCUCAUCUCCACCAUCUACAUGGCAGCCUCCAUCGGCACUGACUUCUGGUACGAGUACCACACCCUGUCCCCAGCUGAGAACGUUAGUGAAGCCAGUAGAAUCAUCUGGGAGGAGUUUGUCAGCAAAGAUGCGGAUGAGAAGACGUACACAGAUGCGCUCUUCCGGUGCAACGGCACGGUUGGAUUGUGGCGGAGGUGCAUCACUGUACCCAAAAACUCUCACUGGUACAGCCCACCAGAAACUGAUAUGACUACAAACUGCAUCAGUUUCUCCCUCUCUGAUCAGUUUGUAGAAAAGUACAUAGAGCCUGGAAAUCACAACAGUGGCACGGAUUUGAAUCGGACUUACCUGUGGCGAUUGCAGUUUAUCCUGCCCUUUGUCAGCAUCGGCCUCAUGUGCUUUGGGGCUCUGAUUGGGCUCUGUGCUUGUGCCUGUCGCAGCCUUUACCCGGCCAUUGCCACCGGAGUCCUGCAUUUCCUAGCAGGGCUGUGCACGCUGGGCCUUGUUGGCUGCUACGUAGCUGGGAUUGAGCUGCUCCAUAGGAAGCUGCCUCUGCCGGAGGAUGUGAGGGGUGAAUUCGGCUGGUCCUUCUGCCUCGCCUGUGUGUCAGCACCUUUGCAGUUCAUGGCAGCUGCUCUUUUCAUCUGGGCAGCUCGCACCAACAGGAAGGAAUUCACCCUCCUGAAAGCCUACCGUGUGGCAUAAGUGCUGCUACUGCAGUCUGGGCUUUCCAUGUCACAACCUCUUGUCCACCAGCCCUUACUACUCUUUUCUUUUAGUCAGAGUUUUAUCAUGUACUGCAUGCUUCUUGCCAGUCAAGACAAUUUAGCCUGCAGGCCCUGAAGACAAAGACCUCUGGGCUAAAUGACCAAAGCCUGCCAGAAGUCUGCAGAACUUGAACAGGUUUUUUAAUUGGGUUUUUUUAAGAAUUGUUAUUAUUUUUUAAGCUACGUUUGGUUGUUGACAGUGCCCCUUAGUUAGGUGUACAUGCCUCUUCCUAAUUUUAUUACCCUGUCAGCCUGGAGGAAAUAGAAGUGGGGUGGAAGAGAGACAAGAAGAGGUGCAGGUACGCAGGAAUAGGAACCUCAGUGCACAAAUAAUACCUAAUAAAGAGCUGUCUGCUGUGUGACUGAAGCAGGCAGUACCUACAGGGAGCAGCCAAGAGAGAUGAGGGAAUUCAGAAACCUCUGUUCUGGAAACACGGUAGCUAAAUCAGUCUGUAGCUGAGCUCUGGGUGUCCUAUCAUCACUAGUUUGCUUUGUUUUGUGGUUUUUCUGCCCAAAACUGCUGGAGGCAGAGCAGGCCCCUGUGGCAGUGCCUAUAAGCACACUCUCCUGAAGGGACACUCUACACUUGUUUCUGCCAAGGAGUGGGAUAAGAUGGCCCUCGUGGAGCUCUGUCCUGCUGUAGCUCCACUGCUUCCAGGACCAGUCUAGUUUGGUAUCUGCACUACAUGUGAUUGUGCACUCUAAUCUUAAUUUGUGGUGCUUUUGCUUGAUGUGGAAUAAGGCUUUCUUUUCUCUCGUUGAAAAUGACCUCCUCACAAGUUUUUUCGUUUUAAUUUGGUUUAGUGUAUGUGUGUAUAUAUACAUAUAUAAACUUAACUUUUUUUAAACCUCACUUGUUUUACCUGUAUAUCACACAACAGGGUUUUUUUAAAAGGUGCUGCUCUUUUCCCGUCUUGUUUAAAUUAAAUAAUUAUAAUAGUAAUAAUAAAGACUCGGAAAUUUUCAGCAUUGCAUGAAUCUGAUGGGAGGGUGAGGGAAUUAUCUAGAGUGGAUUUUACUUGGGGAAAGAAUAACCAGUGUCUAGAUCACUCUGUUUUCAUGGAAAUGUCACCAGAAACAAUGACCUUAGAUUGGAUUUUUUAAACUAAAUUCUUGAGCUCCUGCUAAUUUUAAAUUUUCUCCUCAUCAUUAGUGAUCACAACAUCCCAUAAUUUCUAAUUAGUUCAAAAAUGUUAUAUUUAUUCUAAAUUACUGUAAUUCUAGCCAGACUGGGUGACAUGUCAUAUCUAGAAAACAGUGUUCCAAGACUGAACUGCUUCAUUCUGAGGCCUUAACUCACCUUGUUUCCUUACUCCAGGCUUAAUAAAAGAAGUAUGCCUUAGGAGAAAUACUUCCUGACAAAACAAGUGAUGGCAAGGAUUCUGUGGGAUACUGGUUGAUGAGAAUGACACAGAAAGAGGCAUUUUUAUCUCAUGGCUGUUUUUCUAUUGUGCCUUCUUGCUUUUUUUUUUUUCCCAUAGGUGUUUCUACCCAAGCUAUGUUUGCUGGGUCAGCAAACAGCCCUAAUCAUGAUUUCCCCGAAGAUCAGGUAUAACUGCUUGUGUAAUUUCUUUUGGUUUUUCUUCUCAAGUGUGUGAUAGGGCUCUUCUGUUGUCAUCAUUGGAGCCUUUACAAAAAAAAACAAAACAAAACAAAGAUGAUCAUGAAAACCAGAAUCACUGAAAAAGCAGUGGCAGGCCAUUCAAGAUAAUCCUCUUUCUCCUGCUGUUGAGUAAUUUUUUAUUUUUCAUCCUUAAACAGCUUCUUUCCUUCCCUACAAUGUCUGGGGCCAGUUGUAACCUCGGGUGUGGUACUUUUGUGCAGUAUCUGAGAGUAAAUGAAAAUCUGUGCUGCCUGA